GCCCGGAUGUGGCCGGCGCCGGAAGAGAAGCGGGUCUGUUCUCGGCCGGCCAUCUUGUGCGGCAGGCAGCAGGGCGCGGGGGGCCCGGCAGCAUCGGAGCAGGAUCCCGCCGACGGGGGCCCAUCAUGCCCGGACACCUGCAGGAGGGCUUCGGCUGCGUCGUCACCAACCGCUUCGACCAGCUUUUCGAUGACGAGUCCGACCCCUUCGAGGUGCUGCGGGCGGCCGAGACUCGGCGGAAAGAGAGCGGCGGCGGCGGCGGGGCCCAGGGGGGCGGCGGGGCCCGGGGCGGCUCGGGCGGAGCGCAGAGCAACAGCGCGGGAGGAGCCGGCGGCGGAACGGCGGGACAGGCCGCGACGGGCGGAGCGGGGAGCGCGGCCAAACAGCUGCGCAGGGAGUCCCAGAAGGAGCGGAAGAACCCGCUGCCGCCAUUCGCCGCGUCCGCCGGGGGAGAGCGACGGGAGGACGGCGGCGGGCAGAGCGGAGCGGCGCUGCGCAAGGACGGGAUAAGGCGCAUUGGCAGGAGGCCUGAUCAGCAGCAGCAGCAGCAGGGUGAAGGCAAACCCAUUGACAGGAGACCUGAGAGACGACCUCCCCGUGAGCGCCGAUUUGAUAAACCUGCCGAUGAGAAGGGCGAAGGAGGAGAAUUCUCUGUUGAUAAACCCAUCCUGGACCGACCGAUGCGUGGCCGUGGUGGACUUGGAAGAGGCCGCGGCCGUGGCCGUGGGAUGGGCAGAGGAGAUGGGUUUGACUCUCGUGGCAAACGUGAAUUUGACAGACAUAGUGGCAGCGAUAGAUCUUCUGUUUCACAUUCACAUUUCAGCGGCCUGAAGCAUGAGGACAAGCGAGGUGGCAGUGGAUCACACAACUGGGGAACCGUCAAAGACGAGCUCACUGAAUUGGAUCAGUCUGCUGUUACUGAGGAAACGCCAGAGGGAGAGGAACAUCCGCCUGCUGAUUCUGAAAACAAGGAAAAUGAGGUUGAAGAAGUUAAGGAGGAAGGUCCUAAGGAAAUGACCCUGGAUGAAUGGAAAGCUAUUCAAAGUAAGGAUCGUGCAAAGGUUGAGUUCAACAUCCGUAAACCAAAUGAGGGUGCUGAUGGGCAAUGGAAAAAAGGAUUUGUUCUUCACAAGUCAAAGAGCGAGGAGACAAAGGCGAUGACAGAAAUGCAGGGGAGUCUGCUGGAGUCAAAUGAGGCUCAUGCUGAGGACUCGGUAAUGGAUCAUCACUUCCGUAAGCCUGCCAAUGACAUCACAUCCCAGCUGGAGAUCAACUUUGGAGACCUUGGCCGCCCCGGACGCGGUGGCCGAGGGGGCCGGGGUGGCCGAGGACGUGGAGGCAGGGCCAGCCGUGGGGGCAGGACUGACAAGUUGGUGAAGGAGUUUGAUGUGAUCCACACGCCCAACCAGUCGAGUGCUUCUGCUCCUGAUGUAGAUGACCCAGAGGCUUUCCCAGCUCUGUCCUAAACUGGAUGUCAUAAGCCAACCCUGCCCUCGUUGGGCCUUCCUCUCCGAGGCUUGCAUGCUUAAGGAUCCUAAACAACUAAGAAAUUUAAAAAAAAAAAAAAAAAAAAAAANAAAAAAAAAAAAAAAAAAAAAAAAAAAAAAAAAAAAAAAAAAGAGGAGACUGUCAUUCAUACCAUUCACACCUAAAGACUGAAUUUUAUCUGUUUCGAAAAUGAACUUCUCUCGCUACACAGAAGCAACAAUAUGGUAGUCAGUUUUGUAUUUAGAAAUGUAAUGGUAGCAGGGAUGUUUUCAUAAUUUUUUCAGAGAUUAUGCAUUCUUCAUGGAUACUUUUUUGUAUUGCUGCUUGAAAAUAUGCGUUUCCAAACUUGAAAUAUAGGUGUGAACAGUGUGUACCAGUUAAAAGCUUUCACUUCAUUUGUGGGUUUAUUUUUGAAUUCAGGAUUUUAGAGAUUUUCCCCCUCCCUGCGAGCUGGAUUGGAAUCCUCGCACACAACUCGUGUUCCCUUGGCUCCUGCUUAGCAGGUUUUUAUCGGCCCGUGCUCUUUUGGAAUAUGUGGCAUUCUAGUUUGGCAGACCGAGCGUUGUCUGAAAUACCAACUGCUGGAGUUAGUUCGCUUUUAAUGCUUAAUUUCAGACUUGGAAAAGCGGUCACUUUUCAUCUGCUUGGUAGUUUGUUUACACAAAAGCUUUAUACAGAAUCGAUAGCAGGUACUUGAGAAAUCCUCCAGGGUUGGGUUCUGGUUCCGUAGCUGCGUAUCCAGCAGUGUUGUGUGGAUCCAUCGGUCUGAGCAGGUUUUAAAAUCAGUGUGAUGCCUUUCAUUCACCCUUCUUACCAUUUUAUUCCCCCCUUCAAGAAGCUUUGUUGGCAAAAAGGAAAAAAAAAAAAAAAGGAAAAAAAAGCUUUUAAAUUCCACCUGCUUUUCCUUUUUGGGGUGCCCUGUAGCUGAGCCACCUCUUGUGCAGAGCUGGGGGGGAGGUGGCAGCUGUGGCAGGAGGGCUGGGGGCACUGCAGGUUGUGUGAUGCAGAAAGGUGCAGAACAGAACCCGGCGCUUCACCUUUAGGCUAAGUUUCAUUCUGUAUCUGUGUGCUGUUUGGGGCUGGACUGCUGGCUGACAAAUGAAUGUUCUUCAGAGAGCGAUUGUAAGAAAUCCUUCACACCCCUGUAGUAAGUUGUAGGUUUAAUUUAAUCCCCGCCAAUGGGGACAUUGCCACUUUGGUACCCAAAAGCAGUUUGGAGAAAGACAAAUAAGGAGGGUUUCGUAGGGUUUUUAUCUGCAGCAUUUAGUAGGAGACUAGAAGCAGGAUUCUCGUUUUAUUUAAUGUUUUACACUUUGGACAGCUUAAAACAUUUGUAGUUUCGUAACUAGGUAGAUAGGAAACAAAUGGUAAUGCCCUAUUUUUUUAAAAGCUGUACAGGACAGGCAAAAAGUAUCAGAGUCCUUUGACUAUGUAAUACCGAACUCCUUAACGGUGGCGUUGGCUGGCUUGAUUUCCCUGAACUAUUUUCUACAGAUGUGUUUGUUGUAAACCACUGUUAAUACCAUCCUGUCAGACUUCCUAGUUUCUCACCUGCCAGUUCAAAGCACCAGGCUGGGAGGAGGAGGCCGGUUUUCAGCUGGUGGAUGGUGAUGGCUCUUGGUUUGUUUCUCCCCACUAAGCAGACAGGCGGGUGCUCGGUGCAGGGGCUGCGCUCCUUCCAGCACUGAGUGUUUCUCUUCCAUCUCCCACUCUGAGUUAGUAGAACAUGCUGCAGUUUCAGUUUUGGGACGCCUUGAGUUAAUACAACUAAUUGCCUUGAUGUGCAGAAACACUUACAGAAAAGCUUUCUCUGUAACAAAAGCCUUCCCCGCCUCCACACUGUGUAUCUGCUGUUUCAGUUGUCACUCUGCUUUUUUCCAGAUGCCUUCUGGGCUGUCCAGUUGGUCAUUUGGGGCCAGGCUGACCAGAAGCUUUCCCUUCUGCUUUAGAGACUAGAGCAGUUCCUGGAACGGCACGUCACGUACGGUGCUCAAGACAGCUUGUAAAAUGGGCCUGUCUGCUGUUCUGAUAGAUGUACAUUUACCUCUUGCAGCCCAUUCGUGUCAAGAACUAAAACUGUGAACGUAUAUCUUUAAUAUCGGUGGGUGUUAACUGAAAUAAAGGUUUAUUUUCAUGCUCUUUUAAAAA